AGCAUCAGCCUCCUUAUAUUAUUGCUGUUCUGCCAAGAUAUGUGGAGAUCCGCACUUUUGAACCUCGUUUGCUGGUGCAGAGCAUUGAGCUGCAGAGACCACGCUUCAUUACAUCUGGAGGCACAAAUAUUAUAUAUGUGGCAAGUAAUCACUUUGUUUGGCGGCUCAUUCCAGUCUCCAUAGCAACACAGAUCCAGCAACUUCUCCAAGACAAGCAGUUUGAACUGGCGCUACAGUUGGCAGAAAUGAAAGAUGAUUCAGACAGUGAGAAGAGACAGCAAAUUCAUCACAUCAAGAACCUCUUUGCCUUCAAUCUCUUCUGUCAGAAGCGUUUUGAUGAAUCCAUGCAAGUUUUUGCAAAGCUUGGUACAGAUCCCACUCAUGUGAUGGGUCUUUACCCUGAUCUCCUGCCCACUGAUUACAGAAAACAGCUGCAGUAUCCCAACCCGCUGCCAGGGCUCUCUGGGGCAGAGCUGGAGCGGGCACACUUGGCUCUCAUAGACUACCUAACUCAAAAGAGAAGUCAUCUGGUAAAGAAGCUAAAUGAUUCUGACCACCAGUCCAGUACCUCACCCCUCAUGGAAGGAACCCCCACGAUCAAAUCCAAAAAGAAGCUGCUACAAAUCAUUGAUACCACUCUGUUAAAGUGUUACCUCCAUACAAAUGUAGCGCUGGUGGCACCACUGCUGCGUCUGGAGAACAACCAUUGUCACAUUGAAGAGAGUGAACAUGUACUAAAGAAGGCACACAAAUACAGUGAGCUGAUAAUACUGUAUGAGAAGAAGGGCCUUCAUGAGAAAGCAUUACAGGUACUAGUGGAUCAGUCGAAGAAAGCCAACUCACCUUUGAAAGGUCAUGAGAGGACAGUGCAAUAUCUGCAGCAUUUGGGCACAGAGAACUUGCAUUUGGUAUUCUCCUACUCUGUCUGGGUGCUGAGAGAUUUUCCAGAAGAUGGGCUGAAGAUAUUUACAGAAGACCUCCCUGAAGUGGAAGCUUUGCCACGAGACAAAGUGCUCAGUUUCUUGAAGGAAAAUUUUAAGAGCUUGGCUAUUCCUUAUCUGGAACACAUCAUUCAUGUCUGGGAAGAAACUGGUGCAGAUUUUCACAACUGUCUCAUCCAGCUGUACUGUGAGAAGGUGCAGGGCUUAAUGAAAGAAUAUCUCAGUUCUUUCCCUGCAGAUAAAACACCAGUGCCUGCAGGGGAGGAAGGAGGAGACCUGGGAGAGUACCGGAAAAAGCUGCUGCUUUUUCUGGAGAAGUCUAGCUACUAUGAACCUGGCCGACUUAUUAGUGACUUCCCCUUCGAUGGUCUCCUAGAAGAACGUGCUCUGCUCUUGGGUCGUAUGGGAAAACAUGAGCAAGCUCUCUUUAUUUAUGUCCAUAUUUUGAAGGACACCAAAAUGGCUGAAAACUACUGCCAUAAACAUUAUGACAGGAACAAAGAUGGCAACAAAGAUGUCUAUCUGUCUCUGCUCCGGAUGUAUCUCUCCCCACCUAGUGUUCAUUGCCUGGGGCCAAUCAAGAUGGAAGUGUUGGAGCCUCAGGCCAACCUGCAGGCUGCACUGCAGGUUUUGGAGCUACAUCACAGCAAACUGGAUACCACUAAGGCGAUAAAUCUCCUUCCAGCCAACACGCAGAUUAGUGAGAUUCGAAUCUUCCUAGAGAAGGUCCUUGAGGAAAAUGCCCAGAAGAAAAGAUUUAAUCAAGUCCUCAAGAAUCUUCUCCAUGCUGAGUUUCUGAGGGUCCAAGAGGAACGGAUCUUACAUCACCAAGUGAAGUGCAUUAUUACAGAGGAGAAGGUGUGCACUGUAUGCAAAAAGAAGAUUGGUAACAGUGCGUUUGCCCGAUACCCGAAUGCAAUAGUUGUGCAUUAUUUCUGCUCUAAAGAAGUCAACACGGUGGACACCUGACCUUGUUGCCAAGGUCAAUAAUUACAACAUUUAUAAGAAAUUAAGAAGUGAAGACUUCAGAAGCUGAUGCCUCUGAGAUUUUUGAGGCUUGUUGCUAGGUUGUCCUACAUGGGCUGGAAAUCAUUUGUAUCUGUGGACUGGCUAUACUUACCAGCUGGCAAUAUUGACUUAAGAGAA